GCAACUUUGGGAAAGGUUAUAAACCUCAGGUACAGCCGUCCAAAGGCAUGUGCUGUUGUGACAUUUUCCAAGAGGAUGUCUGUGGUGAAGGCCUUGCAGAAAGGCAGACAGGGCAAAAUUUUUGUCUGUGGCACCAGAGUGAAGUUGUUCAGAACACCAGAUCCUGUCCUUGUGCAAAAUACGGAGAAAAGACAACAUGGUCGUGAGAUGUACUUCACAAAGGCAGAACAGCAAAAUGCAAGGCAAGAAACAACAGAGUCCAGUCUCUGUGAUGACCCUCCAGAGACUGACAGCUACAUGUACCUCCCAUUCCACAAGCAUCCCUACAGACCACCGCACAUUUCUGAAGAUAUCUGUUCCAGAAUGGUUGUGCCGAAGUCAAAAAGGUCUCACAGGAAGAGCUUAUUUUCCUCAAAGAUGACUUCUAAAUGCCAUUCAUGGAAGGACUCUUCGGCAAAAGCAGCUCACAGGAAGAAGACAAGUGCAAUGCAGAGAGGACAUACAAAAGCUGCUGCUACGACAAAAACUGUGAGAACACUUCCUAAGAGGUUCACAGUCUACACCCUGGGAUUGUCGACCCUGAUUCCAGUUCAAGUGAAGAGUAACGACACCAUUGCAGUUCUGAAAGCAGCUAUACAACAGAAGGAGGGGAUCAAAAUACCCGUAAAAGCAACUUUGUGGUGCAAGGGAUACAAGUUGGUGGACCUCCUAACCUUGGAUGACCAGUUGGUUGGACCAGACAGCAAUGUGGCAUUACAUAUCAGCCUUCAGGGAGGAUCUGACAAGGACCAGGUUACAGAAAAGGAGCUACAAAAGCUUGCCAAGAACCUGGGUGCAGAAUGGGAAAGCCUGGCCAUUUACCUGGACAUGAAGAAGGCUGAUGUGGACAAGUUCAAGGCUGACAACCCCUACCAGACAGAGCAGCAGAUAUUCUCCAUGCUGGUGAGGUGGAAGGAGACACAAGGGACCAGAGCAACUAAAGAACAACUGAAGGAGAAACUGAGGGAAGCUGGGGUAGAGGAAGAAAAGUUCGGUAUCCCUCCAAGGAAAGGGUCUGAAGAAUGGUUGGUUGACACUCUACUCCAGCUGUUACCUGAAGAAGGCAGCCACUCGAUUGGACAACUGACCAUGUUUGCCAAUGGCUCCAUGGACUUCAACUCAAUAGGGACAAGUUACCAGGAUACAUCGAAGCUUUCAAAAAAGGGGACAUUUAUGGAGAAGUACUCACUACACUAUCAGUUGCUGGUGAAGAGGGCAGGAUUACCCUAG